AUGCGUCCCACCGCAGCUCUGCGGAUGCAAGCUACCCGCAUCCUGCGUGCUCAUGGGCCUGAUCCGAAGAACGGAGUAUACAUGGGGAAUUGGGGAAAUCUAGGCUCUCCUCCACAAAAGAACAUUGUCACAUAUGCCCUUUCGCCGAACCGACAGAACCCAACAUCUACCCUGCUCUCGGACGCCAUCUUUAACACUUUCCGCCGAACACGCAAUCAGGUUCUGUACUGGGUGCCUCCCUUGUUGGUCGCGUAUCUUGCUAUGGAUUGGGCUACAGAGAGAAACGAAUAUCUGAACUCGAAACCAGGCCGAGCAGAGUACGGAGAGUAG